UGAUUAAGUUUUUCAUUCCUACUUCUCCCAACUGCCACGCGCUAUCUUUCUACUCAUACCUUUCUGGGCGUUGCUGCUGUUGUUUCCAUAAUCAACUUGUGUCUAGCUCGAGGACUCGGAAGCUGCCAGUGGUGUGGCUCUCCCGGAAGCCGAGGCUUUGAGGCCUUAAGCGUCCGGCUCGCGUGUGACGGAUCAUCCAUUGCAGGGUUGGUGGCAUUUGUCCUGCCAAUCCCGUCCGUCAUCACCAGAUUAGUAUCACUUGCUAAUGCACGUCAAGUUUCGAUAGUGGCGCCUUCGCAACCGACAGCCUUAUGGAGAGUGUUGAAGAAGAAGAUUCGCGGGCUCGGCGACGCGAGCAAGUCAGAAGGGCUCAAAGGACUCACCGAGAUCGCAAAGCCACAUAUGUCAGAAGUCUGGAGGCAGAAGUUGCAACGUUGCGUACACAAGAGGCGGCGCAUGAUGCAGAGUGCCAAAUGUACCGGCAGGUGAUUCGUCGCUUGCGGGAGUUGAUUAAAUAUCACAACAUCCCUUUGCCUCCUGAUUUGGCAUCGAGCCCGCACGUGUCGAGUCCCCAAGCGACCGUUGAACUGGUGACGCUUUCCGAUCGCUCGCAGACCAUACGCGCGCAACUUCCCGCACCAGGCUACGUCUGCCCACUACCUUCUGAUAUAUCAGGGGCACCUCCUCUUUAUUCCGAGUCCAGCUUCUCAACCAGUGAAAUCCUCCCAGGCACGAGUAUCGGUGACGCUCCCGAUCAAGAGCCCACACCCAUGGCACAUGCCCACGGCCUUUGGACCGCCCAGACCGGAGUCGACUUUGUUCUCGGGCUCGAACAAGUCUGUCUGGAACACCACGCUGUGCAUAGCGUCGACGUCGAAGGAACCGGUCACGAGAUGAUGCUUAUGAGUCCGAUCAUGUCUCGCUCCCCGCCAUUGCAGCAAACAACAGAGCCGGGUUCUGGACUACCGGACGGUGCCAAAUGGAGCGUCCCAGCAGUCGAGUUGGAGCGUCUCCUGGAAUUCGCGGAUCGACUGCGGCUGGACGGAGAGAUCACCCCUGUCGAGGCAUGGCAAAGCAUACGUCAGCACCCCAAUUUUCCGAACUUGACUCGCGAUGGACUGGCAAGUAUGAAAGCCAUGUUGUUUCCCGAGGUCGAAUGCUAUGGGUUUGGAGCCGUCAUUGAUAGAGCCUAUUUCGAUGCGGUCAUGCUGCAGGUGAUGGGGCCCUUCAGACCGUCGCGAUGAGAAAUCAUGUGUCAACGUAUACCCAAGCACGUUUACCUAAGGAUCGGAGGGUUUAUCGAGCCAGAGGGAGUAUGUGCCGGGUGUCGUGCUGGUUGUAGCAAGCGAGUAUAUAAUUCUUGAUUUUAGUGCGGAGCACAAACGAGAACAAGGUCUCUAGUGAAUGUGUCGUUGGCCAGCAAUCGCCUUGCGCUGAGGGGAGUACCGGUACCAAAAGUUAAAGGUGAAUUCAUGCUCAAAAGUUCUUGCCAGGUCAAUCAUUUAGGCUGCUCCUUAGGUGCGGAUAUAGUUUUCCGGGGGGCACUCCCCUAUGCCUGGCGGCCUAUAAAGUGCCGGCUUACGUAAUGAACCCCGACUUAGUCGUUACUUAAUG